AUGGACGAGAUUGUAGAGACCUACAAAGGACAAGAUCUCCGCGUACAGGAAGAGAUAGAGGAAGAAAAGAAACGGCUUGAAGAUGAGGAUGAGGAUGACAUCCUUUCGCAUCUCGACUAUAAAAAGCUUGAGAAAAUCAGUGAAGAUUUUAAGAAAAAUCCUAAAAAGGGCCUUACAUUGCUCGAAUACAUUAAAGUCAUGCUCAAGCAUCUCGAGGAUAUUAAGGACAAAGUAGGAUUGGUUAAGAACUUAAUUGAGCUAUUUAAACAAAUUGAUGUCAAUGGUGAUGAAGAAUUAGAAUGGGAUGAGUUCUCAAACCACAUUAUUGAACUCGGUAUGGUGAGAAAGGAUAAGACAUUCAUUGACGCAAUCAAAUAAUUACUAUGCAAGCGAUAUUACAGAUGAUGAGAAACAUGAUACAAAGAUCGAACAUUUAUAUUUCAUUGAGAAGUUAAAACAUUUGCUUGUCAUGGAAAGAGAUAGCAAAAGGUUCAAAGUUUAUGACACCAAGACUGGCAAAUUCAAACAAAAUGUUCCAGAUAAAAGCGGACACGGUGGAGGUGCUGUCAUUGGUGCUGACUACAUUGAGUCAGAGAACCUUGUGGCCACUACUUCGAACAACAACUCGAUCAAUCUCUGGGACUCCAACAACUAUAUGCACAGAGAAAGAAUUCCGACUUCUGAGAUUCAGCUUACAGUCAAGUGGUGAGAGCCAAGCAAAAGACUGUUCACAGGGGGCUGUGAUUCAGUUAUUCAUGCAUACGAUGUGUCUGAGCUGAAGGAAAUUGGAGUGCGUGAAGGAUGGAACCCUAUGAAGAAAGACAAAGUGCAGCACGAAGGACCCAUUCUGGACUUGCUUCCAAUUCAUGACCAAGGUGUUUUGGUAUCAUGAGGAAUAGACGCACAAAUAUGACUGUGGAACUUGAAGAAUUUGGAAGGGAAACACACAUUAGUGGGCCAUCAGCUGGGUGUUUACUCUCUUGAAUGGUACUCAGAUACAAAUAUUUUACUUAGUGCAGGGCUUGACCAUGACAUUUAUAUUUGGAAUCCUUAUGUAGAGCAUAAAAUUUUCUUACUCAAAGGGCAUAAUCAUUCUCUUGUUGGAGUAAAGCAUCUGAAAGGAACCCACCAAAUCAUAUCAGCUGAUAUCAGUGGUAUGUUUAGAGUGUGGGAUGUUAGGACGUUCACGACAAUACAAGUAUUCAAUAGUCCUUUAAGCGAGAUUAAUUGUUUUGCUUUGACAUAUCCUCCAAAAAGGAUUGUUGCCGGAGGAAGGAGGCUUGCAUUUUAUGAUUAUGAUGAACCUACAGAUCAUCACCUUGCUGAUGAUAAUCAUUGAUUGUGAGUACUCUAUAACCCAGUAUUUUACACAUUCAUUACUGCUCAUCCUAAAUGCAUCAAGGUUUGGGAUGCUUGAACUGGUAAACUCCUCAGUGUAUUCAGAGAGCUUUGAAAACAUGAUAUCACAUGUAUGUGACUGGAUGAGAGAAACAGAAAACUUUUCGUAGGUAAUUCCAAGGGAAAUGUGUUUUCAAUCAAUAUUAAAAACGGUGCUCAUAUGAAGAAAUUCGAAGAUCAUAAAGGAGAUGUCAGCUCACUUUUUUACUGGGGACAUAAAACUACCUUGUUAUCUGCUUCAUGGGACAAAACUGUCAAAUCUUCAGAUGAUUCUACAUCUAAACCUGAAGGAGAUCCUAGAUAUUGCAUGGAUAAGCAUAGACAGGCUGUAAACUUUAUCGACUUCAAGGCUGACCAAGCCAUAUGUGCAAGUGCUUCAGAUGACGGAACAGUGAUCAUCUACAACUAUGGGUCAUACAGACAAGAGGGUAUCUUGCAGCCUCAUCAAUUACAAGUGAAGAUUUGUAAAUUCUUGGAGCCAUACAACAUUCUUGCAUCUGCAGAUCUUUAUGGGUACAUUUACUUCUGGGGAAUCAUGCCUUCUGCUGCCAAGAACGAGCUCCUGUGAUGCGUCAAAGAUGACAUUGAGUCUGAAGUAGGAACUAUUGAAAACUUCCCAAUCAGAGCUAUGGACUUUGACAGUGAGAGCAAGAUUCUUUACACAGGUGAUGAAAUGGGAAAUAUGUAUCAAUGGGAUGUAUCAAACUUAAUUGAAAAAUUGAGCAAAUUUGAUCAAGAAAUUAUUGACAAAAAGAAGACUGGACUUGAUGUGGCAGAAUUCAAAAAGACCUUGAAUCAAUUUGAGAAAAUGGAUAAUCUAGAUCUUCCCUAUGACUCUCAUGAGGAAAGAAAAGCAGAAGUUUAUGAGGAAGAAAAAUCAGAGACUUUCCUUACGACUCCAAAAGUAGGACCAGAUGGAGAAAAUUCAACUCCAAAAAUUGCAAGCGAGAGUAACCUCUCUUCUCACAAGGACGUAUUCCUGAAGGAAAGAUGGAAGGCUCAUCAAGAAGGAAUCACUUGGAUAACCUUCAAUCAGGAUCCUAAGUUUGUCGCUACUUCAAGUUUCGAUAAAAAUGUGUACAUUUGGAACGACCAAUGUGAAAAGAUAGGCUCUUUAGUCUUGGGCCAUGAUAAAAAGUGGAACAUAGUAAUUGAUAAAACAGAAGCAGAACAGAAGAAAAUAGAGGAAGCUAAAGACAUGUUCGAGGAAGCACAGAAGGAAAACAGCAGCAGUGCUGAAGGAGACAGUAAAGAGAAAGAUCUCAGAGCAAUGGAAGUGCUCAGGAAGUACCAUAGGGAUAAGAAUAUCAGGAAGAAGUAUGAGAUGGAAUUUUAAGCAUGUUUGAACCUCCCUUUCAACCUAGGAUUAUUGGAAAGUACAGUAUA